UGUGCCAAUGAUAAAAUGGGCAAAGAUGGAAACAUCUCCCUCGUCGAGAGCCUUGCCAUCUCUGGAGAUGCUGUACCUGACAGUUUUGAGAAGGAAGAUGAGCUUGGAGGCCUUCCCAGUGUCCCACACCUAUCAGAGGCAGAUCUCAGAAACAAACAGAGAGCCGACCAGUGCAUUAAACAUGUCAUCUCCCAGAUUGAGCGUGACGAGAAACCACCACCCGCUGUGAGAGCUUUGCUUCCAGACCUACCUCUGUUGUUGAGAAAGUUAACCAAACUUGAACUGCAGAACGGCAUCCUCUAUAGAACACGCCAAGAAGAAGGCCAAACACAGUACCAGCUAGUCUUACCUGAAGAACUUCGUGAGACAGUCUUAAUGAGCCUGCAUGACAACAUGGGUUAUAUGGGAAAAGACCGCCUGCUGGACUUGGUCAGAGCCAGAUUCUACUGGCCGAGGAUGUCCUCUGACAUUGAGAAGAAAAUUAAGAUGUGUAACAGGUGUGUGCUCAGGAAAACCUUACCUCAGAGGGCAGCACCUUUAGUGAACAUCAGGACAACAAGACCGCUUGAAUUGGUCUGCAUGGACUUCUUGUCAAUAGAACCAGACAGAAGCAACACAAAAGACAUUCUUGUGAUCACAGAUCAUUUUACAAAAUACGCAGUGGCUAUCCCAACACCAAACCAAAAGGCUCAAACAGUUGCAAAGUGCUUAUGGGACAAUUUCAUCAUCCAUUAUGGCAUUCCAGAGAAACUGCAUAGCGACCAAGGUCCUGAUUUUGAGUCACGGUUAAUCAAACAACUGUGUGAAGUUGCAGGCAUACAGAAAAUUAGAACAACUCCAUACCACCCAAGGGGCAACCCGGUGGAACGUUUUAACCGCACUCUGUUGGACAUGCUUGGCACUCUGGAAAACCAGGAUAAGUCACACUGGAAGGACUUUGUAAAGCCUUUGGUCCAUGCGUAUAAUUGUACCAGAAAUGAAGUGACUGGGUUCACACCCUAUGAGUUGAUGUUUGGACGCCAGCCACGCCUGCCAGUCGACCUUGCAUUUGGCUUACCUGUCAAAGAAGAGCAACAAAAGUCACACUCCCAAUAUGUAAAACACCUCAAAUCCCGCCUCGAGGAGAGCUACAAAAUAGCUACAAAGAGUGCUGCCAAGGUGGCUAAAAAGAACAAAACAAGGUUUGACAAGCGUGUUGCUCCUUCGGCUCUGGACAUUGGAGACCGAGUACUUGUCAGGAAUGUACGCAUUCGUGGAAAGCACAAGCUUGCAGAUAAAUGGGAGUCUACUGUCCAUGUGGUAGUGAGGAAAGCUGGAGACCUUCCCGUUUAUACAGUAAAGCCAGAGACUGGAGAAGGCCCCUGGCGCACACUGCAUCGAGACCUCUUGCUCCCAUGUGGGUUCCUCCAUGUAACACCAGAAGAACAACCUAAACCACUUGAGCGUCGCAAAACACGCCAGAACAUUCACAGUGACACCAGAGAAGUUGAUCAGUCCUCAGAUGAAGAUGAAAUCACUCCUGUUACUUGGUCCCUAAAAGAAUCAAUUCCAGAAGUAACCAGAUAUAUUGUCUCACGAAAUGUUCCAAGACACCAUGGUCCAAGCCAUUCUAAUAAGAAUCUGACGACAAACCUCAACAAGGUGAUUGAUGAUGUCCCAGCUAAUGAGAGUAGCCUACCUGAUGUUGCUCCAGUCAACAGAGUAACCCUGAAUCCAAACUUACCUGGAAAUGAACCUGUGGAAAUAGAAAACUUACCUGGAAAUGAAUCUGGAGAAUUAGAACACUUACCUCGAAAUAAACCUGUGGAAAUAAAAAACGUACCUGAAAAUGAACCUGUGGAACGAGAGACAAACCUAUCUGACAGUGGAAACUUUGUUAAAGGCUCGGAUGAGGACUUCACUAAACAACUUCCAGUCCCUUCCGACAUGCCAGAAUGUGAUGAGACAAAUGUUCCUGAAAAUGAAGGAGAAAAUGAGAUUAAGGGGACGGAGGAACAAGUAGUAACUGAUGACCUAGUCAGGAGGUCCCUGAGAAAUCGUCAGCCACCUAGGCGGCUGGAAUACACUGAACUGGGAAACCCCUUAGUCACAGUGGUGAAGUCAUUCUUUCAAGGGCUGACCACUGUGUGGGACGAUCUCAUAAGUGAGAGUGAUGCAUCAGCUCAUCCCCCUGUCUUGUCCCUCCCAAUGAUAACUGUUUAAAGAUUGCUAUGCACAGGGACGUGCAUAAUUUAGGAGGGGAGAGUGUAACCCACACAAGGUUACUGAGUGCAAUUCUCUUUAUCGCCUGCGAGUGGCGCAAAGGAAUCACUCUGCCUGCAAGUUGCCAGGCAACAUACCAGUAAAACAAACACUUGAUGACUUUCCUCCGGUGAAGACGCUGUUAGAAAGUAUCAAGAUCUGGUUGAAAGCAGUGAGACAGAGAGAAAGUUAAGCUGCUGAUAUUGAGUUUUUCAAGAUACCUCCGAUUGGUUUUUUAGAAAGGGAUAGAUCUGAUUCUGACCCUAGCGGUCAGUGGCGAGCCAACCGCAGAACUGAACGGACCAAGAGCCUGGUGUGGCCAGCUGUGGCAUCUUUGGACCUAUGAUCAUCAUCAUAUGCCUCCAUUUUAAAUACAGAUAAGAACACGUAAACCUACCCGGGUAGUGAAGAGAACACAUAUAUAUACUUCAAGAAACACACACAAACACACUGAGAACUUCCAUGGACUCUUUCCUCAAUUGAGUUAUUUAUUUUGAGUUUAUGGUGCACUGUGCACUUAGGAAGCCGGCUUAGGUAGGCAGGGAUUGUAAAUAAUUUAUUUAUUUAUUUAUAAUACAUUUUAUAAUACAUUUUUAAAUGUACCUGUUUUGUGUUGUCUGUUUUCUGCUAACAUUUUACUCUUUUAGGCUCCGUAGUCGUAUCUAGAGCUUCUGAUACUAGCCCAGAUCUCAUUUACCAAUACUUAAAUUAGUUAUUAAUUACACUAAUUUGAGAAAAGGGGU